GGUGAAUAAUACCACUACUGCUGGAGUAGUUAAUACUGCUACCGACUACCAACUAGUCUCCGAUAAAAAUAUUCUUCUGCAUAUGCAUACGCCCUCUACUAAAUAUAUAAAACUCUAUCGGAUAAGAUCAAAUGAAGAACGGUCUAAUUAUCUACCGGAAUUGAAGUAGAGUCGCUGGGUCUUUCUAUUUAUGACGAUUAUUAGGGCUUUAUUCUGCCGCUGCCGCGACGGCGACGGCGACGGCGAUCACCGAUGCCGCAACUCCUUGCCAUGUCUCUUAGAUCCUGCUCAGAGAUCUACUAUGUAUCUUAAAGUGGCAUUGGUGAUGCUUCAUCUCAUUUUUAUUGGGGUUCUUUUUCUUUUCUAUGGAAAUCAAACUACUAUUCACCCAUGGUAUGUUGGGAUGUAUCUGUUGUUGUUUGUCGCUACGAUAGCCCAGUAUUUUUUCACCGCUGGUUCUUCUCCUGGGUAUGUUCUUGAUACAAUGAGAACGAUUAAUGAGACAAAUGCGUUAGCAAGGACAUCACUGGUCUCAAAGCAACCUGCUACAAGCAAAAAUGGCAACAUUGUUAUUACUGUUGACCAUAGAGAAGCGGGAAGAAAUCUUUUAGGAAGUAACGAAUUAUCUUGGACAAAGCUGGUGAUGGACUUGUACCCACCUGGAGCUCCUUGUAGAGCUUGGACAUGCCCCUACUGUAAUGUUUUGCAGCCUCCAAGAGCGAAGCAUUGUCAUGAUUGUGACAAAUGUGUUCUCCAGUUUGAUCAUCAUUGUGUUUGGCUUGGAACAUGCAUAGGGCAGGGCAAUCAUUGUCGAUUUUGGUGGUAUAUAUGUGAAGAAACAACACUAUGUCUAUGGACUUGCAUCUUGUACAUUACAUACCUACAAGCCAAUAUAUUGAAAUCAUGGUGGGUAGAUGUGAUCAUGAUCGUGCUGCUAGCUAUUUUGUUGAUUUUGCUUAUUUUUCUUCUUCUCCUCCUUUUUUUCCACAGCUACCUUAUUAUGACAAAUCAAACUACUUUUGAGCUCGUUAGGCGAAGGCGAAUCGCUUACUUAAGAGGGAUUCCUGGUAGAGUGUACCCCUUUAGUAAAGGGAUCUGCAAAAAUUUGUACAAUUUCUGUUUCAGUAGAAGCACCCUAUAUGGAAUGGAACGACUACCAACAGCACAAGAACUUGAAGAAAAGUCAAGACCUUACACAUGUUUGAAUAUUUUAUCUUGCCGAUGUUGCUGACACCUGGUAUGAUAUAUAUGCUGAUGUUCCGUACAGAGCUAAUAGCUUUGGCCUUCCAUUGAAUAUUCAUGCAUCUAGACAUCAGGUCCGUCUAUAAAGUUUGCUCUAAUCAUAUGAUCAACGUGCAUUAUGUAAUUCGUUUACCUGGGGAAUGAAUACCCUUUGAGGUUAUUGUAUUUGCACUUGUGCUGGAGAAUGAAUACCCUUUGAGGCUUGUCGCACCAGAGGUAUUUGCACUUGUGGCACCAGAUCGAAUUUACUAGUUAGCAGCAACAUCCAUGCAUCAAGAUUCGGUAGGAUCAUAUCAUCUGUUAAGUUAAUCUUAAUUAAUGUAUGCCUUGGGUUGAAGGAGACUGAUUAACAUUCUCUCCGUCUGUAUUCAGGUUUUUUGUAUUUAUACGGGCUGCUGGUUUUCCCUGAUAAUCUAACUAUGAAUGCUUCAUGGAA